GCAAUAUUGUUCUUCUACUACAGAUGCACAAACGAAACUGCAAACGGACACCACAGAUAUAGUCCCGAUAAUCACUGCGGUGGAGGCUGGAAUACGACGGCGACAACGCGCUUCAUGAUCACGGAUUUCUCCUUCGUCUCGAAUGAUUCAAUCUCGCCUCAAACGAUCGCCACUACCGCGGGCUGUUUCUCGUAAGAGGCAUGCCCGGCGUCAGGAACUACAUCGAUGCGUCGCUGCAGAACGGCAUACUGACAGAUAUAGGAAAUGAUGUUGAUCCAGAAGCACCCGAUCCAAAUGCGCCCGGAGUAACAACAGCUACAUACCUGAUUGAUGUACGCGAAACUGUUCACCAGCGCGAUGAUGGUCGUCAGUUAGAACCUUAGACCAUGAGAAGAUUACCGAGGACUAACGACACAAGGACCCGCGGUGUUUACGGCGACAGCUUGGCAUUGGGAAACAGUAUAAAGCAAAAGCAGAAUAGAACUUCAAAAGGAUGGAGGUAAUAGAAG